GGAACGGAGAGUGGCAGCCCUGACUGAAUGUAACAAAAUAUUUUGAAAGUUCCCGUAAAUUGUGAUUGUUUUCAACAUGUCUCACGUUCCCGCAGUUCUAGUUGUGAUAUUUUUCUGGUCUUUACUCUAUGUUGGAGAUUUUAUACUCAAGGUAAUACUGCAUGAUAAAAAGAAAUAAAAUUUGUUGAAGUUUGUUGUCGAGUGACCUGUCAGAUUUUUAAUGUUGUCACAUCAUUGUAUUUGUAAUUUGACUACUACCUUUGAAGAUGUGUUGAUUUGUUUGCCGUGGAUAUUCGUCUGACACCGGAUCUUCCUACUUCACAGCUAUUGAUCUGACAACGCUUUAAAAGCUAACACUAAACCACUAAAUAGAACCACAACCCUGAAAACUAACCCCCUAACCUAACCUAACCUAACCUAACCCCCUAACCUAACCCCCUAACCUAACCUAACCUAACCUAACCAAAAAUUGUAGAAACGUGCGAAAACCACGAAGAAAAAAAAGUAUAAAAAAAAUAAUAAAAUAGUGGCACGAGCAGGAAUCGAUCCCAGGGCUUGGCACACAUAAUACAGGUGCCUAAACCACAACACUACGGAGGAUUUGCUUGAAAUUCAAUUAAAUUGACGUGGUUUUAUAUUUAACAAGUUUAUAAUGAUUAUGGAAAUGUCGGACGAAUAUCGACAGCGUUAUUCGUUUGUUGUCACUGAGUAAGACCUGGGCUAACAUCAGUCAAAAGCCUUCCCCAACAUAGUGUUUAACCCAUUAAAGAAAGACUCCCUUUGACAAGUAAAGUUGUCUGGCAAUAGACAGAGUAAAAUAAUAAGGUAGCGUGCAGACACUUUUACCAUUUUAUCUUUGCAGAAAUAUCGUAGGUUAUCACGAACAUACAAGGAAUUGUUGGACGAGAAUGGUCUGUCAUUCAGUUUUGGUCACAUCCGAUGGUACACAACAAAAUUUAACCGUUGUUUCUUUCGCUGGGGUAAACACUAUCCCAGUCUGACACAAGCAUGGUUCACCGCAGGCGCGUGUUUUGGUGUGUGUGUGAUGGUAGUUUCAGUGCUUAUAUUAUCAUGGACGCUCAGUCAGGCAUUAACGAAGAAUUCACCUGAGCAAGUACUUACACCUGUGGUAAGAUUAAACUAUAAUAUCAAUCAACAUCUAAUGUCUGGGAAAUUUCAGAAAACAACCACUUCUCCACAUGAAAAUUGGAAAAUCUUUAGACAUCCUCGCACAUUCUACAAUGAUCACAACAUUUCCUCCUUGUACAGAUGAGGGGGAUCUUUAAAUGAGUGAAUUAAUGGAGAUGAUUAUUGUGUUCUACUGUAUUCUUAGAUGCCUGGUAUAAAUCUUCCUUGGAGUCAUAUCUUGUACUAUCUGCUUACAUUAACACUUGCUGGGAUUGUUCAUGAAGUUGGUCAUGCAUUGGCUGCAGUAAGGUAUGUCUGUCCAACCACAAGAUGAUGUGCUAGGCCGAUCUAGUAUGAUGCUGAAAAUCUUGAAUAUUUAAUUAAAUAAUAACCCUCGCCUUGCAGAGAACAAGUUCGUGUGAAUGGUUUUGGUAUUUUCUUCAUGGUGUUAUACCCUGGAGCAUUUGUUGAUCUUUAUACUGAGCAUCUUGCCGUCAUCUCACCAUUACGACAGCUCAGGAUAUACUGUGCGGGUGUCUGGCAUAAUUUUAUCUUAGCUUUGAUUGCUGUGGGUUUCCUGUGGAUUUUACCGAGUCUAUUGUCAUUGGGUUACGUCUCUAACCGAGGAGCUGUUAUCUUGGAUCUUAUAAAGGUAUGUUAUUGUCACUUAUAGGUUUGAUGAGGUUUCCCCAUGUAGUAACACUGGAUCAAUAUUUGUCUAUUUAGGGCUCAGCAGUGGAAGAUAGUCUUGUUGUGGGUGAUUAUAUCACGUCAGUUGAUAACUGUCUUGUCAAGAAUGUUGUGGAAUGGAAGUCGUGUUUAAAGAAGACCAUCGUUGAACCCCAACAUGGCUUCUGUACAGAUAUGAUGACUAUGACCAGAAAGAAUUCUUUUCUUGGUAAGAGCAGCAGAAUUUGUCACUGAAGAAAUUAUGAGACAAUCACAAGAAUUGCUGCAACUUAUGUGAAAGAUGAUUAUACUGUGUCAAUAUAUUCUCUUGCAUGCAUUUUUUUUACCAAUAUCAAUUGUUUUAGAAACAGAGAGUUACAUAUUCAAGGAAGUGCAAGAUUGUUGUGGGAAUCUGACAGCGUCACGACUGUGUUUUUCUUACCAGUCACAUUUAGGACAGAAGGUGGGAGUGAUUUUUUCUUUUAUUUGAUAGAAACACUGUGUUCAUUUAUCUACACAAAAAAUCAAAGAAAACAAAACAAUUUAAUGCUGACAAUAUAUAGGUCAGAUUUUUCACUUCCACUAUGUACAGCUACCAGAUGGUCUUAAUAGAUGCCAGUUAAAUGUGAAUGUCUCUAAUAUCUUUCUCCUUAGGGUUUGUCAUGCUUGCCAGCAAGAACUAUGAUGUCAGACAAGAUUUGCAACAUUCCUAGCAACUGCCCUGAGAAAGGUAAUUAAUGCUAGUGCAAGCUUCCUCCUGUAGUAAUCCUGGAUCAAUAAGAGAUGAUCCUUACUGGACUUCUAGGAAGAACAGUUUAGAACUGAUAAGAGCUAUCAAUUCACUGUAUAUAUAUUUAGGUGAGAAAGUGUGUAUCCAUCCAUCAUUGGACAACUCGAGCCGUUUGAUCAAGAUAUCUCAUUAUAAAGGGAAAGAUGUUCUUUAUGUUGGAGAUCCAUAUAUCUUAUAUUUUUCAGGUAUUUAUGUGAAUAAAUUGCGUCGAUUUUUGUCCAUGGCACCGCCAUAUCAGACAUGUGUCGCUACUGUAGUUUAAGUAAAAGAAUGUAUUCCUGGAACAGUAUAAAAUUAUGUAUCCUGAAGAUCAACUGGGUUAUUUUUUCAGUUUCUGUAGGAAAUUAUUUACCAAUUUUUAAAUUUUCACCGCUGUCACUGCCGUUGGUAUUAGAGACAUUUUUUAUGUAUCCUUUUAAUAUAUUGAGUGUUAUUGUGUUAACUUGGCUUCCCACCUGCUGUACUAUUACUUAGCUAUGCUCUAGUUAAUGUUUCCUUGACUAUAAUACCAGGUAUAUAAUUUCACUAUCGAGCGCCCUGGCGUUACUCAAUGCUGCGCCGUGUUACUGGUUAGAUGGUCAAUGGAUAUUAUAUGCGCUAGUGGACUACACACUUUCUCAAUCUCUUCCCGAUGUAAGAACGAGAAAUAGAUUAUGUAAGAUUGUUUUAACAGCAGGAACAUUUCUUCUAGCUGCGAAUAUUUUAUUAGCGUUAUGGACACUGGGGAGUAUGACGUAAUGCCUGGAUUUAACAAUGAUUACGAACAUUACGACAGCUUAAUAUAGCGACAGACCCGAGGAGUUCAAAUCCCGCUCUUGGAUCAACUUUCACACUUCGAAAUGAUGUUGCGACUUUCUCGUGAACACCUGACCUCGUUUACACUUGAGUAAAAGAUUCCAUCAUGAAAUGUUUUAUAAUUCACCACAAUUUAUAUAAAACGUUUUUUAUUAUCCAUGCAAUAUGUGCCCCCCAUCCGAAUCCUGUCUUCAUACUGCUGUUGUGUAAACGGUUAACUUAUCCGAAAACUUUAUCAAAUCCAGAAUCUUUUGCUGUAGUGCAAACAAAAUGUUGGAUGAGCUCCACUUGGUUGGAAUCUGGAGGUCUAACGUACUUUUUAUUAUUAAGCAGAGUUUAAAUUGUAAAUUUUAUAUGUAAUAUAUAUUUUGGAUUGUUAACAGCAAUUUUGUGGAGUAGAAAUUACAAAUUUAAUCCUAUGAAUGACGGGAUAAAUAUGAUGAAAACCAAUUUAAAUUUAUGCACUGAUAAGAGAGAAGGUAAAUCCAAGAACUGAUGUUUUUAAGUUCUAUUGAAAUGCCCCAAGCUUACAACGUUAGAACUUUCUUCCAAAUUAUUUACACUGCGGUAUACAUACAAAGGUCAAUAUAAGAUUAUACAACCCUGGAAUAUAAAUAUAUACAGGGUUUUAUUGUUCGUCUAUUUGAUCAGUCACUUCCGACUCUUCCGCAAUUGUCUCUGGUUGUUCAGCGCUAUCUUCCUCUGGUUGUUCAGCGGUAUCUUCAUCUUGUGUUUUUGUCUCGUCUUCCCCUGUUGCUUCCGGUUUGUCUUCUGUUUCCACGACAUCUUCGCUGUCACCUAGCAACAAAUCAAAUGGAAUAUAUACUGUUCUUCCCAGAGGUCCAGUAAGGAUCAUCUCUUUUUGAUCCAGUGUUACUACAGGAGGAAAC